CUAUUCAUACAAACCCCUCCCUAGUAGACUCGAUUGUGACGGCCGCGAAUCAGAGAUAACACAUUCAUCCGAUCUGCUUUGGUCCUUGCCUCUGCAACUCUGGUGUGUUGGAAAAUGGCUGAAUCAAAAUCUGGAUUGAGGAAACCUGUGUUCACCAAGAUUGAACAGCUUCGCCCGGGUACUGGUGGGCAUACUCUCACGGUAAAAGUUGUUAGUUCUAAGAUGGUACUGCAAAAGGGUCGUCCAGAUGGUCCUCAGGUGCGUCAAAUGCGGAUUGCAGAAUGCUUGGUAGGAGAUGAGACCGGAAUGAUUAUUUUUACAGCGAGGAAUGAUCAAGUGGACUUGAUGAAAGAGGGUAGCACUGUGGUCCUCCGCAAUGCAAAAAUCGACAUGUUCAAGGGCUCAAUGAGGCUUGCUGUGGACAAGUGGGGUCGUGUGGAAGUCACUGAACCUGCCAGUUUCUCUGUGAAGGAAGAUAACAAUCUUUCCCUAGUUGAAUAUGAACUUGUGAAUGUUGUUGAGGAGUGACUGUUCUCGACAGUGGUUGUUUGCUUCUUUGCCCCCCCUCCUACCCAAAAAACAAAAACAAAUCUGACAAAUGCAAUUAUGUACUGGGAAUCUUAUCUCCAAAAAAUCUCAUGAAAGUUCACUUUUAGGAAGAAGAGAUAUGGCUACAGUAACAAUCUUCCUUUCUACGUAUCAGGCAGUUGGUGGACCAUUUUGGUUGUACGUCAACACAUGGUGAUUGCCGUAGAGAUAGAGCAGCCAGGUGUCGAGACUCGCUUUGGUUCAUUUACUUUUCUAUUUAUUUCUGGAUGCUUAUGACUGUUCUUUGGCUAUCAGAUCACACAUGUAAGAUCGAUAUUAUGAAAUGCAUUUCAAUCAUACUGCAUAUUUGUAUUUGAUGGUUUUUCCAUGUUUAA